CCCAUCUCGCGCUUCUGGUUCAAUGUCACGCAGUCGUGUUGUGUCUAUCCAUCAAGGAAGAGAUGAUGAAUGAAAUCUGACCUUGGCCAGGCCAGUUUGUGCAUGGUUCAAUAUUCCGUCUCGAUGGAUCACUUCUGCCGUCGAGCUUGAAGUCUGGAUUCGACCAUGAAUUCUGCACCGAGAGGCUGAUAACGAUGGAGCACCUGCCCUCGGUCUUUGACGACGCCACUGUCCUCCACGAACUUCUUGAUGUCGAGAACCUCACACACGCCAUUCCCUACGACAACCAGGGCUUCUGGGGCUUUCCGCAACGUCACGGGUUCACUGCGAAAUGUAUAUCACAAGGAUUGAUUGGUGGGCAUGUGGAUGUCUUGGUGACCCAAGGUCCCUCGGCAGCUCGACUCCACACUCACACGAGCACGUCUAUUCAAACAGAUCACGGUUCUCCAACGAGUUUCAUUCAACCCGACCAAUGCGAGGACUAUUCGAUUUACUCUUCACUCCUCCAGUCAUGGCUAUACUUUGGCAUGUUGCACGAAUGUCUCCUUCAUCCAGUGUCGGUCGACCGCUUCUUCACUACUGACAGGAGCGGACGCCAGGUUUUAAGCACCGACUGCCUCCGUGAGGAUAUUGAUGCAUGGGCAGCUCGGUUGAAAGAGAUGUCAGUCGAUCAGGCCGGAGAAUGCAUAGCGAACGGUGUCAAAUGCAUACUCUGGGUCAAAAAUUCGGUAAGGACGAUUUCAGAUCGCAUUCAAGCAUUCCGGACGGAAUAUCUUCAGACUGUCUCCGUUUCCGUGGACACAAGUCGGAUGCCAGAACGUCCGUCUGUUACAGCACGAGUCCGCAAAAUGAACUUCUGGCAUCACCACGGCAGGAGAAUCCUCCCUGAUAAUCUCGAGCUCACGAUCGCGGUGCUGGGUUAUAGCCUCCACCAUGCGGCACGGACGCUGUUUCUUCGCCUGGGUAUCGGUGGCGAGGAUAGUGCUGACUAUCCACGACCCGCAUUCUGGUACAUUCCCCCCAGACUGAAAGAGCACCUCGCGGAUCGCGGCUUCUGCAAACUUGACAUUUACAGAUUUCAGACCGACCUGGGGAUUUUCGGCUCUUGCAUGGCCUUAACCCUCAAGCCGCUGAACGAGAACAAGAGAAAGAUCAUGCACGACUCUUGCACAGAAAUGCGAUGUCAGGCCGACACCCUGGACCCGACGGCCUACGAACGAAAGCACGAAACGGAGGGAUGCGACUGUUCUGAACUUCUGCCGGAGCGAGCUUGGCGCGAUAUGCUCAGCAUCGUCGAGAGUGGCGGCACCCCAGUAGUCCGCUUAGAUCUUGCUUCACCGUCAGUCGACGAGGAGCAUGGGGCAUUGGAAUUCGAGGUGCUGGAUGCUGGUCAGACUGGCCACCAGUUUGUUGCCUUCUCCCACGUCUGGGCCGAUGGACGUGGAAACCUUGAAGGCAACGGACUCCUGCGCUGUCAGUGGCUUCAACUCCAAAGAUACGCGCAAGGGUGCCGUGCUGACAACGCCCCUCCGCCACACGGCCGGCUGGGCGGAAUCAUGCCUUUUUGGUUUGACAUCUUUUGCGUCCCCCGUAGCAAGGAAGAUGACGACCGCAUUUACAGACUUCGAUCCAAGGCAAUUCUCCGAAUGUCGGAGAUCUAUCGAACUGCGGCGGUCGUUCUGAUUGUAGACUCCGGGCUCGAGUCGAUUGACAGGGAAUUGAGCAUGUGGGAAUUCGGGAUGCGACUGAAUUUAUCUAGCUGGUUGCGCCGCCUCUGGACUAUGCAUGAGGGUGCUGUCGCUGAAAACGUCAAGGUACAGACUACCGCGGGAGUGAUUGAUCUGCAACACCAUUUGAAACGCCUCAAUAAUCUUAUCGCGGUUGGGAAAUCACCGGAACGAGAAGCCCAGCUGGACAAAGGGCAUGUCUUUGAUGCCCUGGGGUUGGUUGAAUGUUCAUCGGCAUGGGCAAAUUGUCUCAGCUUACUGCCAAAAAUGCGUGGUCCGCGCAUGGGACAAUUCCUUUUCAUGUUUGCCUGGGACGAGGCCGGGCGAAGAUCAACGACUUUCAGCGCAGACCGAUGCCUGGUGAUUGGGUUGGUCAACAACGUCGACUCCGACACGCUCUCGGCCAUCCAACGGACGAGCACUGACUCUGCCGCGCCGGAGGGUGAAGUCGCCCGAUUCUCGAGACAGAAACUAAAAGUGCUGCUCUCGGCCAUUCCACAGCUACCCUCCAGUAUGAUUUUCUGCGAAGGCGACCGAUUUCCCGAGCCGGGAAUGCGCUGGGCUCCAGCAGAUCUGGACAGCGGUGGGGACUCCAUGAUAGUGUACGACCAGAGGCGACCUGCGUCGUUGAAGCCGGGGCGCGGACUUUUGGUCUCUUACCGCGGUUGGCGACUCAAGACAGCCCCCGAUUUCUCCAGAAGAUAUGUCAUCGACCAGAACGGAACCCGGGAAUGCACAUCCCUAGAAGAGAAGGGCACCUGCAUCUUCUAUCUCAAGCUCGACGGCGACGUUUCCGACGACACCAUGUAUGUGCUCAACGUCGAUCCUGUUGACUGGACCUUGUCGCCAUUUUCCAACCCAAACGCCCAGCUGUUCUUGGUCGUGCAGGAGAGGUACGGUGGGGACCGGCACGAGCGUGUGAUACUGGUGGAAGAGGAAGGUACAGAUGAUCAUUUGGACCAAGCAGUCAUAGACGAGCCAGAGGUGUCGGAUGUCGUCUAUGCAAACUACCACGUAUUGCUGUGGUGCUCGAAGUACGACUCUGGUCCGAGCGUUGAGAGGAUGAAGCAAAACGUCGAGCGCGGCAGAUUUCAACUGGUGGAAGCCAGCUGGGUCAAUGGCGGUCGAGAACAACGCUGGUGUAUUGGGUAAUUUCAGUAGCGUGGAAUGGGUCUG